AUGCUGCUGAAAACUUUAGCAGUCCUUUCACUAUUUUGCUCUCGCAUCAGCGCCCUUCCAACAACGACAAUCUGCCACACUGUCAUCGAUACUUCUUACUACUGUCCAUGCCAAUCCUCCACCUCGACAACGGCUUGCGAAACCACUCCUUUGCCUGAAACGUCAACAGAAACGAUCUCGACUACCUGCACAACCGAUAGUACUCGAAAGAUUUCAUCCACAACCUGCAGUGAGAGUGCUUUCUGCGAGUCCUGCACUACCUCGUCUACAUGCACAGAUAGUACUUCUAGCGGGUCAUCUGGGUCCUGCCCUGGUUGCACAGUCAGCACAUCUGCCUCCACGACGUCUGGAACUCUGUUUAGUACAUCAAGCUGUGAAUCUCACACUACCAAGACCCAGUCUACCUCCCAGUCCACUUCUUCAGCAGUUCUACAAUCGUCCAGCUCGUCGGCAACUGAGGGUACCACAGCCAGUACUAGUGCAACCUCAUCGACAACUGAGGGUACCACAGCCAGUACUAGUGCAACCUCAUCGACAACUGAGGGUACCACAGCCAGUACUAGUGCAACCUCAUCGACAACUGAGGGUAGCACUACCAGUACUUGUAUAACCUCAUCGACUGUCCCAACAACUGGGAGCACCAGCACGAGCUCGUCAACAGUCUCAACAUCCAAUAGUAUUUUCAGCAGCACAUCUCACAGCAGAAGCACGUCGACAACCCCAAUAACCGGAAGCACUAUCGUGAGCUCAUCGACAAUCUCGAAAACCGAAAGUAGCAUUGUUAGCACAAGUAGAAGCACCAUUGCAAGUUCUUCAACUGUUUCAACAAACGAAAGUAUGAGCCCCACCACUUCUAUGCCAUGGACAACCGAUAGAACAAGUCACAGCUCUGCUUCUCGAAGCUCAUCAACUGUCUCCACAACCAGCCAACUCUCUACCGCUACCACAACCGGCGAGAAGUCCUCGGCAACUUCUUGGACGACUUCAACAGGCCCAAGCAUGUCUCCAAACUCAUCUAUCGCAGGGACCACCUCUUCCGAGUGUUCGGCAUGCUCUCACACCUCGUCAUCACCUAUGGUCAGUACUGAGACAGCAACGCGGACUGACACCACCACUUCAACGAUAUGCACCUCAUGCAGCACCAUAGCAGAUCGGAACACAUCAUCAGAUUACUCUAAUGCUUGUUCGGACCGCACCGCCACAGUCACAAAGCUUGAAUCUAUUAUCUCGACAGUGACGCAAACUCAAGUUUCCACUAUGCCAUGCGGCUCUAACGAUGGUACUCCCUCCACCAGGACUGUGAUUAGCUAUGUCACAAAAUCCCCUGAGCAACCAAGCACGGUCACUGAGACUGUAUUCAUGCAAAGCACAAAUAAUGAAAGCAGUCAUGACUCAAACGGAUUUUGCACAACACUCGUUACAAUGAAGAUCACAGAAACGGUGAGUCAAGCCACUGAGGUUGUAACCAUAACGUCAACUGAAAGUGUAAUCCAGACCGCUGCAGGUCCCGGAACGGCGCCAGCUCCAAUUAUCAGCACGAUAACCACGACUGUUGCAAAUGAGGCAAAUCUCACCCAGUUGAGUUGUGCCAGUAAUAUGGUUACCAUAACAGAAACUGUCACUGAAACAAGCUGUCCAAGCGAGGCAAGUAUUUCAACUCAAGUCACGGCAACCAUGAUCCUCACAUCCGCUACAGAACCACCAGCAGAUUCUUCCGUACUCAAGCAAGUCACUUCUGACACCACAAACACGGUCACUCAAUCCAGCAUAUCAACUGAGUUAAUCGGCCCGACGACUGCUGAAACAGCUACGGAAUCAGGCUUGUCGAGUGGAUCAAUUGUAAUUGCAACCAGCUCGUCCUUUCAGGUUUCGAACUCUGUCACGACAGUCUAUUCCAGCACGUCCGAGCCCGCAACCUCGGAUGUAGCCACCACAACAACCGUCUUUUCAUCUAACACUGGCCCUCCUAGUGUUGAGAUAACCACGCCAGUCACUCUGAGGACGGACUCCGUCAAUACACCAAUUGGAAACAAGGUUACAACCUUGCCAACCGACCAGACGCCAAUAUGGUCGUCAACAACCUCUGCCAGUGCUCCCAACCAACUCUCCACCAGCCAGACUUCGAAUCUCGCGGCCAGCGUUCAAACUACACAGCCCGUUCCUACAUUCUCAAUCACGACGUUCACUGGCAGUGCCUGCAGUAAUGGUGUCUCGCUACUAAUGUUCUUACCAAUGCUGGUUCUGAUCUGA